AGGAAAAUGAAUCCCAUGUUGGGCCUGGGCUUACUUCUGGCUGGCCUUCUCACUGUGGAGAGUCUUCUGCAGCCCAAUCUCCCUUCAAAGAAUCAUGGAACAGUGAACCAGACCAAAUCACGGCAUGAAAGGAAGGCAGCUGAGGAGCUCACAAAGCGGAACACAGAAUUUGGCUUCAAGCUUUACAGGAAGCUGGCCUCCAAUAGCCCAGACAAGAACAUCUUCUUUUCCCCAUUGAGCAUCUCUUCGGCCUUCGCUAUGCUAUCUCUGGGUGCCCAGGAUUCCACCCUGGAUGAGAUCAAGGAGGGUUUCAACUUCAGGGGUAUGCCAGAGAAAGACCUUCAUGAAGGCUUUCAUUACCUCAUCCACAGGAUAAACCAGGAGCGCCAGCGCCUCAAGCUGUACCUCACAAACACCUUGUUCAUCGACAAGAAGCUGCAGCCCCAGAAGAAGUUUCUGACAAGUGUCAAGAACCAGUACAGUGCAGACACUGUCCCCACCAACUUCCAGAACUUGGAAGAUACUCGGAAGCAGAUCAAUGACUAUGUCAGUCAGAAAACCCAGGAGAAAAUCAAUAACCUGAUCAAGAAUAUAGAUCCUGGCACUGUGAUGCUUCUUACAAAUACUAUUUUCUUUCGAGCCAGGUGGCAACAGGAAUUUGAUCAAAAAUCAACUAAAGAGGGAGACUUCAUUCUGGAUGGAAACAAGUCCGUGAAGGUGCCCAUGAUGUUCCGUGGGGGCAUGUAUAAAGUUGGCUAUGAUGAACAGCUCUCCUGCACUGUCUUGGAAAUGCCCUACGAGGGCACCAUCACUGCCAUUUUCAUUCUUCCUGAUAAGGGCAAAAUGAAGAAUGUGGAGGAGGCCUUAAAUAUGGAUACUUUGGUCAGGUGGAAAAAACAAAUGACACAAAGGGUCGUGGACGUAUCUUUGCCCAGAUUCUCCAUCAGCGGGACCUAUGAUCUGAAGAGGACGCUCUCCUACCUGAGUAUCACCAAAAUCUUUGAGGAGCAUGGUGAUCUCACCCGGAUCUCCCCUCAUCGAAGCCUGAAAGUGGGUGAGGCGGUGCACAAGGCGGUGCUGAAGAUGGAUGAGAAGGGCACAGAGGGCGCAGCGGGCUCUGGAGCACAGACACUGCCCAUGGAGAAGCCUCUCUCCUUCAUUAUGAACCAUCCCUUUUUGGUGGUUAUUGAGGAUAGCAUCCUACAUGCCGUGGUCUUUAUAGGAAAGAUUACUAAUCCUACUGGGAACUAA